AAAAGUUAUCUCUAUUUAACCUGAGUUAUCUCUCACAUUGCUCCGGAUAGGUCGAUGUUUUUCGUUUUUUCGCCUGAUUACUUAUGCCGUUUACGCCGACAGCAAAUACUGAUUUAUGUUUACGCUGUGACAUCGUUCGUUUGGCGAGCAUGGAGAUAUAGUUUUUUUUUUAUAAAUUUAUUUGAACUCUCUACUUUUACUUUCUAGUGCUUUUGAAUUGCAAUUCUGUGAUGUAAGGUGUGUUGAUACAAUUCCCAAGUAAUUCAUUGUUGUCUAUCUUGUUUCGGACGAGUUUACGUACUGCCGUUUAGUUUGAGUUUCACCUGUUGGUAGAUAUAUUACAAUGGAAAAACCUCAAGAAACUAUAAGAUUAGCAAGAUGGUAUUUUGGUGGUCUGGCAGGAGCUGGAGCAGCAUGUAUCACACAUCCUCUAGAUUUGUUAAAAGUUCAUCUGCAAACUCAUCAGGGAGGAAAGUUAAGUGUAAUUAAAAUCACUGGUAAUAUCAUCCGCCAACAGGGUGUGUUAGCUUUAUACAAUGGUUUGAGCGCUUCCUUAUUACGUCAAUUAACUUAUUCAACAACAAGGUUUGGAAUUUAUGAAGUAGUGAAGCAAAACAUUAGUGCUCCAGAUGAAAACAUGGCUUUUUAUAAGAAAAUUCUUCUUGCUGCUUUUGCUGGAGCAAUGGGAGGAUUAGUUGGUACUCCAGCUGAUAUGGUGAAUGUUAGGAUGCAGAAUGAUAUAAAAUUGCCCCGUGAGCAACGUCGUAAUUAUAAACAUGCCAUUGAUGGCUUAAUACAAGUUUAUCGUAAAGAAGGAGUUCGGUAUCUGUUCUCUGGUGCUACAACAGCUACAAGCAGAGCAGUAUUGAUGACUAUUGGACAGAUAUCAUUUUAUGAUCAAAUCAAGCAAUUGCUUUUGCAGACAGCAUAUUUUAAUGAUAACUUAAUCACACAUUUUUCUGCUAGUACCAUGGCUGGGGCUAUUGCAACUACAAUGACUCAACCAUUAGAUGUUUUGAAGACUCGAACUAUGAAUGCUAAACCUGGUGAAUACAAGAAUCUUUGGCAUUGCAUCACAGUAACUGCAAAAUUGGGUCCUUUAGGAUUUUUCAAGGGUUAUGUUCCUGCAUUUGUUCGUCUAGCUCCUCACACAAUUCUGACUUUUGUUUUCUUUGAACAGUUAAGAAUGAAUUUUGGUGUAAAAGCAGUGAUUUCUAAUUAAAACUGAUUUUAAACUCAGGACCAAGAAAAGAACUGUGUGCUUUUUUAUAAAAUUUAUACUGUUAAUUUAGUUUAAUUCUGAUGUCUUCCAAUGGAACAGCUGUAAUAUUUUGAUACCUUUAGAUACAUAUUUUUUGUAGCCUUUCCUUAUUUGAUAUUUUUAAGUAGUCAGAAGUGAUCAUGAAUUUACCAUAGUGAUUUUUGUUUGCUAUGCAAACAGUCGUAAAAAAGAUUAGAUAAAUAUCUUAACAAAAAUUUAUAUGAAGUUGAGUAGGAAGGCUUUAAUAUUUUGUUCGUAUUUGGAUAAAAUUUUAUAUUUUUAAAUGCAGUCAACAGCUUUUCUAUGUUACUGGGCAUGAAUUUCAAAUAUGACUCAAUAAUUGUAUGAUGAAAUUAUAUAUUUUUAAUAGUUUGCAUUCCUCAGUUAUUUAAUUUCUGAAAAACUUUGCUUCCAGUUGCACAAAUAUGAUCCAAAUACUUUUUGUUAUGAGUGUAAUAUAAAUUCUUCUGAAUUAUUUUAUUUUUGCACAUUUAAGGUUUAAAAUGUUUGUAUAGAAUUCAUAUUCUUUCAAAAUUUUAUAUGUAUUUUUUCUUGCAUAUGCCACAAAAUGUGCAUUUCACAAUGUUCCUUUUGCUUGAUUGACAUAAAUAAGUUAUGUAGGCCUCUUUUAAUAUAGAGAAUAGGAGCCAGGAGAUUUCUAAUACUGAAAUUAGCUUGACUGUAAUAUCACCAUUUUAUAUUUUAUAAUGUUAAGUACAUGAAUAUAUAAAUGUUUUUUGUGUAUGGCAAUAAAAAGUGUAACAUAUUUAUAAGCCUUGUUGUGGCAUAUGAUGAUUUCAGAUUAGUGUUUGUAGUUUGUUCAUUGAGUCAAUGUUAAUUAUCAUUGUAAAUAUUGUUGGGAGUUUCACAAGAGAAGUAGUGUUCAAGAUUACUUUCCAAAUGCAAGCAAUAUUUUAAAAUUAUUGAAAUGUAAUUAGCUUUCAAAAUGCUGUAUGUUGCUUGUAUCAUUCUUUUUCAACAAAUAAUCUACAUAAAAAUUAUUAAUAUAUGUUUAUAAUAAAUAUUUUAUACUAUGUAUUAUUAAUAAUUUAUACUAAGUGGAAGAUGAGCCUUAUUCUUUAUGCAGCUUCAUAGUUUUUCUAAGA